AUGGACCUGCAUGAGAUACAGAAUGUAACUGCGCGCUUCAUCGCCGACGCCAAUACGCAGUUCAAUCGCAUACCCGGCUCCGCCAUCGCUGUUCGCUACAUCAAGUCGAGUUACCAGAAUGACCCCGUUCGCAGCGCGGUAGAGCUGUUCUUGUUCCUCUUCGCAGUGCGCUACCUACUUGCACCCAAGUAUAGCACCAAGAAGAAGGUUCAACUUACGGAUGAAGAGAUCGACGAAUUGGUCGAAGACUGGACGCCAGAACCGCUUGUCGCGCCCACUACUGCCCUCGAGGAAUUGGACAACGAGAAGCGACCCAUCAUUGUUGGACCUACGGGCCCCAAGUCGAAGCUCUCCAAUGGCCGCACCGUCACGAACCUUGCCUCGUACAACUUCUACAACUUCCUCUCCAACGAUGUCCUCAAAGACAAGGCCAUUCAGACCCUGCGCACCUACGGUGUCGGCCCCUGUGGCCCCCCUGGUUUCUACGGCACACAGGACGUUCACAUGAAGACCGAAGCCGACGUCGCUGCACACCUCGGUGUCCCCGCCUGCAUCAUCUACGCGCAAUCCUUCUCGACUAUAAGCAGUGUGAUUCCCAGUUUCAGCAAGAGAGGAGAUAUUAUCGUAGCGGACAAGGCGCUCAACUUCGCUGCGCGCAAGGGCAUUCAAAUCAGUCGCAGUACUGUCAGGUGGUUCGAACACAAUGAUAUGGAGGAUUUGGAGAACGUCCUCAAGAAGGUUGUCAAGGAGCAGGCCAAGAAGCCGCUCACCAGACGCUUCAUCAUCACCGAGGGCCUGUUUGAGAACAUUGGGGAUGUGGUGAACCUGCCAAAGAUCGUUGAACUCAAACUCAAGUAUAAAUUCCGUCUCAUCCUCGACGAAACCUGGUCCUACGGCGUCCUCGGUCGCACCGGCGGCGGCGUCACCGAAGCGCAGAACGUUGACGCUGCAGAAGUAGACAUGAUCAUCGGCUCGCUUUCUGGCCCUCUCUGUGCGGCAGGAGGAUUCUGUGCCGGUAACGAGGAAGUUGUUGAGCAUCAGCGCAUCUCGUCUGCGUCAUACACUUACUCCGCUGCGCUUCCUGCUUUGUUGAGUACAACAGCGAGUGAAACAAUCAGUCUGUUGCAACAGCAACCGGAUAUCCUCGCGGGACUCAGGGACAAUGUCAAGGCGAUGCGGGGACAGCUGGACCCUAGGAGUGAUUGGGUUAAGUGCAGUAGCUCAGGAGAUAACCCCAUCAUGCUCCUUGUUCUCAAAGAUGAGGUUAUUGAAAACAAGAAACUGAGCAUCGACGAUCAGAACCAGAUCUUCAGGGAAGUUGUUGACGAGUGUCUCGCAAACGGCGUCCUCAUCACACGACUCAAGUCUUUCCCACUCGGUCUUGGACUGAACCCCCGCGAUGCGGGCUGGCAACCUACACCCGCACUGAAGGUGUGCGUGACGAGCGGUCUGACAAAGAAGGAGACAGAGAAGGCUGGUACAAUCAUAAGGCAUGCCGUCACCAAGAUUGUUAGCCGACGGAAGUAA